AUGAUGAUGUUCUGUGUUUUAGAACAUUAACCUCACUUAAUUUUAAUGAAAUUUUAGGCAAAUAUUUUUUAAUUUGACCAUCAACGAUGUACAAAAAUAUAAGGCAAUUAACGAGAAUAUACGCCUUCCACAAUGAACUGAGUAGAAUGACGAAAAGAUACGCAGGACAUUCGAAAUGGGCCAAUAUUCGACACAUAAAGGGCCUCAAAGAUGCUGAACGAGCAAACUAUUUCCUAAAACUGUCUAGGCAGAUGAAGGUGGCCAUUCAAGAGGGUGGGUCUGUCGAUCCUGCAGCAAAUUCUAAAUUGUCCAACCUUAUUGACCAGGCUCGUAGGGCCAGUAUGCCUGCAGCAACCAUUCAAAGCAUCCUUAAAGGUUCUCAAACUGAUAAAAAGCCAUACAAGAGACUUUUGUUAGAGAUAAAGGGGCCUGGGAGUUGUCUGAUGCUUUGUGAGAUUUUUUCUGAUAACCCCCAUUUAACAAAGCAAGGUAUAGCUACAAUUUUGAGGAAAAACGGUGGAAAAUACAUAGAAAACAUAACUAGUCUAUUCACUGAGAAAGGAAUCAUUGAAGCUGAAGUCAAAUCUUCGGAAGAAAUGAGUAAAGUCUUGGAAAAAGCAACGGAUGAUGCUAUUGAAGCAGGAGCAGAAGACGUGACAGACGUUGAUAACAAUAUUUUACAGUUCCUUUGUGGAAGCUCUAAUUUGAAAGCUGUGACAACUGAACUUGAAGCGAAGGGAUAUAAUAUUCUGAGUUCUAGCAUAGAAUACUUACCAUUAAAAUACCAAACUUUAAAUGAAAAAGACAUGGAGACAUACCUUAAAUUACAUGAAAAAUUAGAAAGUGUACCUGAGGUUGUUAGGAUCAUUAAUAAUAUUGAGGUGGAAUGAAAAAAAAAUAGUUAAUUAUUGAUUUUUAUUGAAUCAAUUUGUUAAUAUAUUGAUAUUAAACAUU